AAGAGCUUCAGGUUCCAGAGUGAUCUCAAACAACACCAGCGCAUUCACACUGGAGAGAAACCGUAUCAGUGCUCACAGUGUGGGAAGAGCUUCAGGUCCACGAGUAAUCUAAAAAAACACCAGCAGAUUCACACUGGAGAGAAACCGUAUCAGUGCUCACAGUGUGGGAAGAGUUUUAAUCAACAGAGUAGUCUCAAAAUCCACCAGCGCAUUCAUACUGGAAAGAAACCGCAUCAGUGCUCACAUUGUGGGAAGAGCUUCGGGUUCCAGUGUGAACUCAAAAUACACCAGCGCAUUCACACUGGAGAGAAACCGUAUCAGUGCUCACAGUGUGGGAAGAGUUUUAAUCAACAGAGUGGUCUCAAAACACACCAGCGCAUUCACACUGGAGAGAAACCGUAUCAGUGCUCACAGUGUGGGAAGAGCUUCAGGUCCUCGAGUAAUCUAAAAAGACACCAGCACAUUCACACUGGAGAAAAACUGUAUCUGUGCUCACAGUGUGGGAAGAGUUUUAAUAGUCAGAGUGAUCUACAAAAACACCAGCGCAUUCACACUGGAGAGAAACCGUAUCAGUGCUCACAGUGUGGGAAGAGUUUUAAUAGUCAGAGUGAUCUAAAAAAACACCAGCACAUUCACACUGGAGAGAAACCGUAUCAGUGCUCAAAGUGUGGGAAGAGCUUCAGGUCCACGAGUAAUCUAAAAAAACACCAGCGCAUUCACACUGGAGAGAAACCGUAUCAGUGCUCACAGUGUGGGAAGAGUUUUAAUAGUCAGAGUGAUCUAAAAAAACACCAGCACAUUCACACUGGAGAGAAACCGUAUCAGUGCUCAAAGUGUGGGAAGAGCUUCAGGUCCACGAGUAAUCUAAAAAAACACCAGCGCAUUCACACUGGAGAGAAACCGUAUCAGUGCUCACAGUGUGGGAAUAGUUUUAAUAGUCAAAGUUAUCUCAAAAUACACCAGCGCAUUCACACUGGAGAGAAACCGUAUCAGUGCUCACAGUGUGGGAAGAGUUUUAAUAGUCAAAGUUAUCUCAAAAUACACCAGCGCAUUCACACUGGAGAGCAACCGUAUCAGUGCUCACAGUGUGGGAGGAGUUUUAAUCAACAGAGUCAUCUCAAAACACACCAGCGCAUUCACACUGGUGAGAAACUGUAUCAGUGUUCACAGUGUGGGAAGAGUUUUAAUAGUCAGAGUGGUUUCAAAACACACCAGUGCAUUCACACUGGAGAGAAACCGUAUCAGCAGGGUUUCAUCACACCUCCCAAAAACAUACCAGUAUGUGGACUGACUGAUAUAAAUCCUUCUUGUGAUGGAGUGAAAGUUUUCCUUUAA